UGAGGCCAGUUCACUGCUGCUGUAGUACUCAGUCUGUCCCACUGAGCUGUCAACACACAGCUACCCUCCGCUCUCUGUCCGCUGCGACAACAUUUUACUAUCAAACUUAGUCCGCUUCCCUCUUCAACGACGUUUUCCUUCAGAUAACAGCUGCUCUCGUCUCACCAUGACUCGGAGGUGAUCUUCAGAGUGUCCCGGUGGUUCUGGGGUUCCAGGUUGGUGUGGUGAAGAGAGCAAGCUAACUGUGGGGAGGAGGACCGCCUGGGGCAUCGUGUCCCUGGCUCUCAAGUGACUAAGAGAGGGGCUUGGCAAACUGUUCUGCAGCAUGGAGAAGGAAGACCUGAAGGUCCUCAACAAAGGGGAAGAGGAGGAGAUGGAGCUACAGGGCUACCGUCUGUGUCGUUGGCGGCUGGCCCUGGUGGGCCUCGGGGUGCUGUGUACAGGGGGCUUCCUCCUCCUGCUGCUCUACUGGAUGCCAGAGUGGUGCGUCAAAUCCACCUGCACCCGUACCACAGCGCGUGAUGCUGAAGUGGUAUUGCUACGCUCUACGGAUGAGUUCCGGCGCUGGUUCCUGGCCAGGGUGCGAGUGAUGCUGGCGCCGGGGAGCAACCCCUUCCACAGCCUGGAGACCCAGACCACCUCCCCCUCCUCCCUUUCCUCCCCGUCCUCUCCCUCCUGUCCCUUCUCCUCCUCCCAUCUGGCCAACGGACAUACCCCUCACCCCUCCGAUGGCAGCCCCGCUCAGGAGCUCAUCACAAGAUAUGCCGAAUACCAGCCCACACAGAUUCGCUAUUUUACCUUCCAUAGCACAAAGUAUUAUUGGAACGACGGGGUGCAGAACUUUGAAGUUUUAAACGGCCUGGAGGAUCUGCAGGUCAGCUGCUCCACCCUCCACUCAGAGAACAGUGCAGGCCUCACCAGGAACCAGCAGGAGUACAGGAGACUGUUCUUCGGAGUGAAUGAAAUUGCAGUGAAAGUGCCUUCUGUUUUCAAGCUGCUUAUCAAAGAGGUCCUCAACCCUUUCUACAUCUUCCAGCUCUUCAGCGUGAUCCUGUGGAGUGCCGAUGAGUAUUACUAUUAUGCUGUGGCCAUUCUUAUCAUGUCGGUCAUAUCCAUAGCUACCUCUCUGUACACCAUCAAAAAGCAAUACGUCAUGCUUCACGAUAUGGUGGCAACUCACAGUAUUGUCCGUGUGUCUGUAUGCCGACCCAACAAUGAUAUCGAUGAGAUUAUGUCAACUGAUCUAGUUCCCGGUGAUGUGAUGGUCAUUCCCAGCAACGGGACCAUCAUGCCAUGUGACGCCGUGCUGGUCAGCGGCACCUGCAUCGUCAAUGAAAGCAUGCUCACAGGUGAGAGCGUUCCUGUGACAAAGACCAACCUCCCAAACCCAUUGCCUGGGGACAGGGGGGAGGAGGCUGACAUUGCCUACGACACAGAGGAGCAUAAGAGACACACACUCUUCUGUGGCACCAACGUCAUCCAGACCCGCUUCUACACAGGCGAACUGGUCAAAGCUGUGGUGGUCCGCACAGGUUUUAGCACAGCCAAAGGCCAGCUGGUGCGCUCCAUCCUUUACCCAAAACCCACCGACUUCAAGCUGUACCGUGAUGCCUACCUCUUCCUGUUGUGUCUGGUGGCUGUGGCUGGGAUUGGCUUUGUCUACUCCAUCGUCCUCAGCAUCAUGAACAAGGUGCCAGCUAAGACCAUCAUCAUCGAGUCCUUGGACAUCAUCACCAUCACUGUGCCACCAGCAUUGCCAGCCGCCAUGACAGCUGGCAUUGUGUAUGCCCAGCGACGCCUCAAACACCUCGGAAUUUUCUGCAUCAGCCCACAGAGAAUCAAUAUCUGCGGUCAAAUCAAUCUGGUCUGUUUUGACAAGACUGGGACUCUGACAGAAGAUGGAUUAGACAUGUGGGGAGUCCAGAGGGCUGAAAAUGGCAGUUUCCACCUGUCAGAGGAAAAUGCAUACAAGGAAAAUCUUGUCAAGUCCCAGUUUGUGGCUUGCAUGGCCACCUGCCACUCGCUUACCAAAAUAGAAGGCCAGCUGUCUGGAGACCCGCUGGACCUCAAAAUGUUUGAGGCUACAGGCUGGAUCUUAGAAGAGGCCACUGAGGAGGAAACAUCACUCCACAACCGUAUCAUGCCCACUGUAGUUCGACCCCCAAAACAGCUGUUGCCCCCAGAGCCUGCUGUGUCACCAGAGCAGGACAUGGAACUGUACGAGCUCUCGUCAGCGUAUGAGAUCGGUAUCGUGCGCCAGUUUCCCUUUUCCUCAGCGCUCCAGAGGAUGUGUGUGGUGGCUCGUCUGCUGGGAGAGAAACGUAUGGACGCCUACAUGAAGGGAGCACCAGAGGUGGUGGCUAGUCUGUGCAAGAAAGAUACAGUGCCAGAAAACUUUGCAGAGGUUUUGGAGGGCUACACCAAGCAGGGUUUCAGGGUCAUUGCUCUGGCUCAUCGUCGACUUGAAUCCAAACUCACCUGGCACAAAGUUCAGAACAUCAACAGGGAUCACGUAGAGGCAAACAUGGAGUUCUUGGGUCUGAUCAUCAUGCAAAACAAGCUGAAGGCAGAAACCCCAGCGGUGCUGCAGGAUCUGCACCGAGCCAACAUCCGCACUGUCAUGGUUACUGGUGACAACAUGCUGACCGCCAUCUCGGUGGCCCGGGACUGUGGGAUGAUCCCUCCCCAAGACACAGUCAUCAUUGCUGACGCCCUCCCUCCCAACGAUGGACAAGCCGCCAAGAUCACCUGGAGAUACGCUGACAAGCCGAGCAAGAUAGCUCGCCUGGAGGAAGUGAACAUCAGUCUGGAGGAUGUUUGUCACAUAGACGAGCCCAAAGCAACACAAGAGCUGUACCACUUUGCCAUGAACGGAAAAUCGUUUGCUGUCAUCUCCGAGCAUUUCCCCGACAUGCUUCAAAAGCUGGUUCUGCAUGGGACAGUGUUUGCCAGAAUGGCCCCGGACCAGAAAACACAGCUCAUUGAGUCACUGCAGGGUGUAGACUACUUCGUGGGGAUGUGUGGAGACGGAGCAAACGACUGCGGGGCUCUGAAGAGGGCUCAUAGUGGCAUCUCUCUGUCAGAGCUCGAGGCCUCGGUAGCUUCUCCCUUCACCUCCAGGACCCCCAACAUCUCCUGUGUCCCCAGCCUUAUCAGGGAGGGGCGUGCUGCUCUCAUCACCUCCUUCUGUGUGUUCAAGUUCAUGGCUCUCUACAGCAUCAUCCAGUACAUCAGUGUCACUCUCCUCUACUCUAUCCUCAGUAACCUUGGAGACUUCCAGUUUCUCUUCAUCGAUAUUGCCAUCAUCCUCCUUAUUGUCUUUACCAUGAGUCUGAACCCAGCGUGGAAAGAACUGGUGUCACGUCGUCCCCCAUCAGGUCUGAUCUCAGGGCCUCUGCUGUUCUCUGUGCUGACCCAGAUCCUCAUCUGCUUGGGCUUCCAGACCGUUACAUUCCUCUGGGUCAAACAGCAGCCCUGGUACUCAGAGUGGACACCACUUUCAGAUGCCUGCAACCAGUCAUCACAUAUUAACGUGUCUGACCACAACGACACAGAGGUGGACGACCACAACAUCCAGAACUACGAGAACACCAGCCUCUUUUAUGUCUCCUCCUUCCAGUAUCUCAUCGUUGCCAUCGUUUUCUCAAAGGGCAAACCUUUCAGGCAGCCCAGCUACAAGAAUUGGCCUUUUGUGCUGUCUACCAUCACUUUGUAUUUUUUCCUGCUCUUCAUAAUGUUCUAUCCUGUCCAAGGCAUUGACGAUUUUCUCGAGAUUGUUUGUGUCCCGUUUGAAUGGAGGUUCAAGCUCUUCCUGAUCAUCUUAGUCAAUGCAGCUGUAUCGGUUUUCGUGGAGACCUUCGUCCUUGACAUCAUCUUAUGGAAGCUUGUGUUCAGCCGAGACAAACAGGGCAGCUUUGGCGUCACUCCUGUCGCCCAGACACCACAGGGGGGCAUUGACCUGCGAGCGUACAAGUGUCUGUCCCGGUUGUGCUGCCCAAGCAAGAUGGCACCCAAGGCUCGCUACAUGCAUCUGGCCCAGGAGCUCAGUGUGGACCCCGACUGGCCUCCAAAGCCAACCACCACCACUGAAGCCAAGUCACGUCCAGAAAAUGGCUCCACUUAUCAAAUCAUGACCAACUCCUAGCACCCCCCCACAGGCCCCUUCGCAGUAUCUAAUCUGUACCUUUCAUACAGCUGACGUGUAUGCAUAUAAUGCGUGUUCAGUGAACGCACCCUGAACCUUUUCAAAGGAAACUGUCGCAGGAUAUCUACUUGUUACAGUUCAAAGAGACUUGCAUUUAAUACUGUAGUUCCAGAGAUGUUGCUGCAAAAACCUUAGCAUUACCAGUGAGUACCAAAUAAAGUUUCAGUUCUCACUCUCUGGCUCAACCUCUCGCGCGCUCUCAGGUCUCUCAUGCUCGUCGUUCGAUUCCCAUUCCUUAUUGUAAUGUCUGUUCACCAAAGCUGAGCAGCAUUCAACCCAGGCUGAAAGGAGUAGUGAUGAACCAGGUCAAAUAUGUGUUGACCUUUUUUAGAUCGACUACAAAUGCAGUUUUAAAAUCCCUCUCACUUUUAAAGGGAGAGCGGGUAAAGAGAGCUGUAGUCCCAUUCCACUUCAGAGCAAGCUUCUGACGUACAUGUGCAGUCAGAUGCCAUGUAGAAGAAGACAUACUUCAUUAAUCCUAAUGAAUCUGUUUUUAAUUAAUUCAAGUGUUUUCAGAUUUAAUGAGCAACCACAGUACAAGAUGUCAAUUUUAGAGUAAAGAGUAAAAUAGCCUAAUAUUAUUUCUGAGCUUUUCAGAAUGGUCAUUGACAAAACAGAAUCAGGAGAAAUAUGAAAUCGGAUAGAAAAAGAUGCUAGCCUCGUAGAGGGGUAGUACUUUGGCACACUGAAGUAAGACCCACUCUUAUUUAAACAGCAAGUAAGAUAACUGGUUCGCCCUAGAGAGUCCGGAGAGGGUGGAACAAAGAGAUUUCACUGACUAAAUGUAUGAUCUGAUCACACCGUUUUAAAAAUCAGCAGCAGGUCCACUGUAUGUUCAUAUUUCCGGGCAACCAUCACCUCAGUCUUAGGACGUUCGCAGUUUGUAACCUGUGGUGCGCGGUGCAGGCUAUGAUUGCUACUAUGUAGUGGUCUUAGACAGCUAACAUUUAGAGUAAUUUUAUUGAGCUAGCUUUACCAACUGGCAAGCACUAAUGGAGAACAGAGAAUCAUAACCCAAAAAAAUAAAGCUUUAAAGCUUACCAAGAUUGGUUGUCAAGAGCCAAUACAAGUCUAGAAAAGUACAGUAAGUUAAAUGUCUCAUUUAUGGAUUUUGUAAAAUUUGGAAAUGGGAAAAUAUUCAUGUUUUUCCCGAGCUGACGGGACACUUAAAAGUAUUGUGUUGUCAUCAGCCACGUGUUUUGGCCUCCCUAAAAAUCUUACUCUUUUUUUAAAUUUAAACCCCUUAGAAACAUUUGCCCUAUAAGUAGCAAGGUAGGUUUAGGGAAAGCGUGCUUUUAAAAUCACAAGCCUUAAUCACAAAAUACAUGACAUCAUACAUCAGAUUGAUUAUUGAAUCUACAAAGUGAUGGACCACACAAAGUAAUCUGAAGUUACAUUGUUCUCAUAAUUUGGCCAAAAGUUUCAUACAAAGUGAAAACGUUACAAUUUGUAAAAAGUAAACAAACAGUAAGGGAGACAGAUGUGGUCUUCUAUCAACUACAGGCUGGGACCUGUGGUAGGAUCUCUAUCCAGUUUGUCAGAGUUUACCUUUAGGGAUUUUAUUAAAGAUAUUAUUAUAUAGAAAAAUGAAAAGUUGGAAGGAAAAAAAAAACCAUGAACAAAAGUUUCAUCUCAGCUUUUUAGGCAUGCUGGUUGAUCCACUGACUGGUCACCAACACUUCAUAACAGGAUACCUCUAAAUCUGAUUCUCAUCAACCUCAGCUCUACUUCCUAACAUAGCAUGCUAACAGGGAACAACUUUCCUCUGGCGCGCCCUUCAUGCCAAACAUUUGCUCUACUCGUGGUAGAGAUCUAAUAAAACGUUUCUACUUUUCAUCCAUUAAACAUGUUGUUUUCAGGGUAUGAUGAGCUUAACACCCUCUGGGCCUCCAGUUUUGCGUCUAUGAGCCAUGUCCUGUGAGCACCAGACAGGAGACUGAAAACACAGCAAGACUUGCAUGAAGCCCAGUUGUCAUGAUCUGAAGACCUGAUGGUUGCAAUAUUAGAAAUAUUACUACAAAUACAACACUACUGUGGAAUGGAGGAACAUUUACAUUCUCUGUAUUAAAAAAAAAAUAUCGGCAUGGACCUGGCUGGUUGUCUUCGACAGUUAAUCACGUGCAUGAGACCAUACAAAUCAAAGCGUCCUACAUAUACAAACCGUCAGAUUGGCUCCAGAAAGCCAGCAGUACUACUUACAUUUCUUUAAAAACUAAUUUCUUCCUAUGGAAGACUGAUUAAAAGAGUGAUAGUACAUUAUAAACUAAGGCAAGGCAUUGUGCAUCUCAUCAGCUCUCUGCAUAUUCAAAUCAUCCAGCAAAAACACGUGCUGCAUAUGAUAUACACUACACGUGUAUUACAAAUAGGCUACCUGCAUAGAGAGUUAAGGGCUAUAUUUUAUGUUCACUGCUCUUUCUUUGACAUUGCAAGUGAUGCUCCCCCCAAAUCUAUUGUUUAAGUAUCAAACAUUAUUCAACUUUGAAGAUGGCUGUAGAAGGUGUGUAAACUAACAGAUGGACAGCAGAGAAGCAGUUUGUACUGCAAAAAUGUUGUUUUCUUGUUUGUUUUUUGGCAUAUUGCUCUUUUUUUCCAGCCAUGAAAAUCGGUACUAUUUUAAACUUAUGGAAGCCCAAUUUUAAAAAAGCACGUAACCCGUUAUAAUGAGACAUUUUUCGAAAUUAUUGCUUAGUAUCUAAUGAGACUAAGUAUGUUUAAGAAUUUUUGCUCAUUAUUUUGAGAUACCAAGUCAUUAUUUUUGAAAUACUUCUUUCAAGAAAUGUUCUCAUUACAUGGACUAAUAACGUCUUAUUUUUCAUCACAAGGCAGAGUUUUAUUUGUUUACUGCUGGAUAUGUGAUUCCAUAGAAAUCAUAAUAAAUGAUUUCGAGCCGAUCACAGCCGCUGGAAGGAGGAGAAAAACAAGCUUUUUACAGCCAGCUUUAAAGCCACCAGAGAUGGUGUUGAUCCUCAAAAGGCAGAUUCAGGGUGGAGAAUCACUUUAAAGCAAAGACACCAACACAAACAGCUUGUUCUCAAUGUCAAUAUAACUGUAUACUCUGCCGCGCAGCCUGCCUUUCACCAACUGUGUGUUUUUUUUCUUAAUGAUUUGAAAUUGUGUGUGUCCCAAAGUAAUUUCAGAGUGCUAAUCAGUGGUUAUGAGAUGCCAUGUCAGAAGAAUGUCAAACUAAAUGUAAUGUUACUCUCAAGCAAACUAUUUCUCAAACAUCUGGUAACAGCGAUGUACCAUGUGACCUAUCCACGUAUAUAUCACAUGGCUUCGCAUUUAGCUUGUUCAUUGAUUUUUAAUGAUUUAAUUCAUAUACAAACAACAGAUUAGUUUAAUAUCUGUCUUAACAAGUCCAAAGUUGCUCCUAAAAGCCAUUGUCUAUUGAAAUUCUUGCGAUAUUACAAAAUGCAUUGGAAACUUGGGAUCCAAACUGUUUUAAUGACAAGCUCAAAUAUGAUCUGUGACUAAAGGUUUCAAUGUUUAUUUGAUGUGCAAAGUUAUAGUAUUUUGUUAUAGAAUUUCUGGGUAAAUUGUCAGUCUGGGAAGCAUAUAUAUUACUGUAGAUGAAGCUGGUGAGAAAUGCAUAAUGUGGCUCAAAUGGACAUUCUUGUGCCAAUUUGCAAAAAGAUGUUGUCAAAUACAUGGGCCACAUGGGUUUUACACCUAUGAAUAUUCAGUGGUGUUUUUCUUAUUUGCGUUCAGGGUUUUUUUUUUUUUCUCUCUAUAUACCUACUGAGGCUAAAACUGAAUGUUUGUAAAGAACAAAAAAUAAUGCAAUGCAAUACUAUGGUUAUUGAUUAUUUUUCCAAAGAUGUUUCAUUAGAUCUGUAUUGGUUAUUUGAAAAAAUAGAAAAAGAAAUAUAAUAGUAGCCUGUGUUCAGUUCUGUCAGAUCUUAUUUGUUUCAGCAGAAGUGGGGUUCAAAAGGUGAUAAUAAUAUUAGAGGUUUGAUUCUAUCUGUAUAUAUAAGAUGUAAAUUUCUAGUGUGUGCAUAAAAGUUUAAAAAAAUGUAGUUAUAAAAAAUGUAUUGGUUUUUGGAUUAUCAAAGGGCUGGUGUGUCUUUUUCUACUAUUUUGGUACUGUGUUACAAUCAGUUGUCUGUCUUCUUUUGAUUUGUACUGUCUGUUGGAUUUAUUUGUACUUUCACUUCUGUUAUGGAGUUGCAUUAGCUUUGAUUUUUCGUAUUUGGGCAUAAAUCCUGGGCAUUUAUUUCACAAUUUGAAUCAUUUCUUGUGAAGUAUGAUUGGAUCAAUAUUUUUUUCUGUCUUGGGUAGACACAAAGCAGCAUUUUAGAGUUUGAGGAAACUCUGCAGGUUCUAAAAGUAGAUCGACUUCUCUGCUUUUUUUUUUUUUUUUUGCUUUUAUCUCAAAGCUUUGUGCGAUACCAAGGACCUGACACAAGAAGGGAAUUCACCUGCUGUGGUAUAUUAAGCGCCUCUUUUCAGCGAAUUCAGAAUUCGAGCAACAUCUGACAAUCUUUUUACUCCUCUGUUCGAUCAUCCAAUGUACAUGUUGAACUUUCUUUGUCUGGAACUUUUUAAAGAUCAUUUACAUCCAUGUGGAAUCAAAAUGUAAUUGGCAAAAAGAAUGUGCAUUGCUGCUCAACUUUAGCGGUCUAUUGUAGAAAGUGACCAUAUUGCUGCUAAAGGCAAAAUGAUUCAGUCUCAGCUGUGUCAAAACUGCACCUUGAUACAAGUUCAUCAAUUUAAUGAUGUGCAAACUGUAAAUACUACUACCGCUUGUCCUCUGCGCUACAGUUUUGCCUUCUAUUCUGACACCGCUAUGUCAAAGCAAUGGCUUUUAUGCUGAAACCUCUAUGCUCUUAUACAGGUACAACAUAUACCGACUGUUGACAGUUAGCAUUGGCCUCCUAUUCAUGUCAUGUAUUUUAAACAAACCAUCGAAUGGCAUUUAGAUUGAGUCAGCCACUGAGUAUAUGAAGCCUCACGUGGAUGUUGUUUCCUCAGGGAAAUGUGUCUAUUUGUAACGAAUAAAGAAAAUAAUAAAAGUUGAUACCCAAACUGAAUUGAAAAUAUACUGUUGGUAAAACCUUUUAUCACGGUCCAUCUGUAUGUCGGCUUUCAGUACAGUUUAUCUGGUGUGCUUUUUAUUAUUUCCCACUCCUCAGCAAGAGGCUCAUCUGGGGUAUAUGUGUUGUUUUUAUUGGCAGAGAUGUACUUUUUGUACUUUAUAAUUUAUUUUUUAUUUAUUUUCAUUUCUUUCUCCCUGAGGAUUGUAUUUCAGAUUUAUCUUGAUUUCUUUCUUUUCAAUAAAUGUUCUCAAAAUGA